UUCACUCAGCGAGCGUACACCGAGCCAGGUAGCGCCUCGCCGUCAUUCAGUACGCGCACCGCGAGCAUGGGACCUACGCUAGCUCAUGCGGCACAGGCAUAUGUGUUCUCCGACCCCAAGCACAUGGCAUAAGCUUAAUGAGAUUUUUUGUAAUUGUGAUUUUAAGCUUAUUUGGUCUGUGUUUAAGAUCGUCCAGUGAUUGUCACAAUUCCAAUCCAAGCCGAAUGUCGGCGGUAAGAGGUUCCUAGCGACUCGCCUGUUAGUCCUACACAGAGCAUCGACCACACUCGGAUAUACAAGAGGAUUCGCUUCAUUCACGGGAGAAAUGGAUACACGAAGGCUAGGUUCCCAAUUCGGGAUGUUUAUAGUUUUAUUAUUUGUGACCAUACCUGGAUUUGAUUGUCGAAAACCGAAAAAGUUCCCUUUAAUUGAGGAUAAGGUAGAACACAAGCAAAGCCGAACGCCGGGCUGUUGGCUUGGGGGGACAUUUUACCACUUGGAACAGCGAUGGAGCCCAGCGUUACUUCCCCAUGGAACGAUGGUGUGUGUCAAGUGCGAAUGUUUGCCAGUUGAGAGGAAAGGCAUUCUCCAGCAUCAAGGGCAGAUCGUAUGCAGGAACAUCAAGGAUGAAUGCCCCAAGCCUAUGUGUGACACCCCAGUCCUCCUGCCAGAACGAUGCUGCAAAACAUGUCCGGGCCAAGACAGUAGUUUUGAAGACCAGUACAGCAUCAGCGGUAAAACCAAAGGCAAGGAGGUUGCCAUCAGUGGAGACGAACAUGAAAAGCAACUCAAAGGAGAAUUUAUCGCACUGUUGGUUGGGCGCAACGUCCGUGGCACGCCCGUGAAGACGAAAGCCGUGGCUGUUGUCCGCAUCACGGUGACCAAUGGUGAACUCCGGUAUGCAGUACGCUACAACAGACUCGACCGGCCGAAGUUCCUUCAGAUAACGGACGCCAAUGGAAACGUUCUUGUCGAGACCCCCCUCGUGAAGAGCAAAAAGGGAGAGAGAAAGCUGUGCGGCGUGUGGCAGAAGAUCCCAACCGUCUACCUGCAGUACUUCAGAGAGAAGCGUCUGUUUGCUGUCAUCACGGCAGCCAAACACACCAAGGGACUGAUCGCCGGCCGAGUUGUCCCUCACGAACAAGCUGCGAAAGAGACUUUCGCUGUCGUUAUGGGGUCUCCCAAGGCGGAGGGUAUUGGAGGAGUUGCCUCCCUUGAAUACGACCAUCCCCAGCAGCAAGUGAAAUACGUCAUCUCGUUUGACGGCAUCUUUGAAGAGAAAGAUUUCAACGGCGAGUACUAUGUUACUGUGGAGAAAAACAACAAAAUCAUUCACCAGUCCAUGGGCAGAGUCGGUAGAAAGAGUAAUACGCUGACGGGAACAUGGAAGAUGACCAAAAAGCGGGAAUCGAAACAGCUGGCACGUGGCCGUCUCGUGCUCCGUGUGACGUCACGAGGAGGAAAUACCGUCAGUGGAAAUAUCCAACCCAGGUUGACCUGUGAAGUCUUCCAGUCGUUGAUGUCGGGGUUCCAGUCGGUGAAGCAUGCCCCUUCACCCGCAGCCGGAACCGCCAUCUUGGAUGUCCGCGAGCAAGGCUACAUUUCCUACAACAUCAGAGUUGUCGGCCUUGACAGCAAGGUGGCGCGCAUCCGGCUUGUGGGCCCUCCCAACAAGAAGGGAAAGCGGAAGGUCGUGGCCAAUCUUCAGAACACCUUCAAAGAGGACAUUGACUCUUUCAGUGGAUGGGCCAAUGGAACGUACAAGAAACUGAAAGCAGACGACAUUGAUUUGCUUCUCAACAACAAACUGUUCAUCAACGUCGUCACCUCUGGUAAGAAGUCCAGCAACCUCCGAGGCCGCGUCACCAGCAUCCCCUACCACACCCACUUUCAAGACGUCGGCGUCUACCCUGUCACGCUCGUCCCCGUCACCACCGACAGCGAGGGUGCGGCAGCGCAUGCCUGGCUGUCCAUGGAUGUCGGCUGCAGUCUCCAUUAUGACGUCAUUGUCUCCCAGGCAACCGAUGAGACGUUCAGUCUUAUGCUGGGUACCUAUGGCAACAGUCUGAUGAGCACAGCUGUCCUAGGGACGUCAGAGAAACAAGAACCGUGGACCCUCUUCGAGACAAAAAUGAUGAGUGGCAGCGUCAACAGUGUUCCCGAGGGCCUGUUCCGGGACCUGGACGAGGGGAACGCUUUCUUGCAGGUCAAUUCCGGAAGUGACAUCAUUCUGUCUGGAAAUGUGACUCUUCCAAACACCUGCUGGCAGUACGCCGGCGACAUCGACACCGACAUCUUGGUCGACGAACAACGCGAGGACGAAAACGAAGAACUCAAAUUCCGUUGCUACUACGAAGGGAAAUACUUUGAAAACGGCGACAGCUGGAAGCCUGUUGUGAAUGCCACGUGCAACAGGUGCAGUUGCAAUAAACGCACAGUCACUUGCCACCACGUGCUAUGCCCAGCCGUCACGUGCGCCAACCCCGUGCAGGGAGAGUGCUGCCCUAGGUGCCCGGAUGCGACCGAACAAGAGACCCGAGUGGAGAAUACCACUUGCGAGCUUGAAGGAGACCACAGACAACAUAACAUCGGAGACACGUGGCACCCCUUUCUUCCUCUCUCCGGCUUCACCAAAUGUGUGCUGUGCAAAUGCCUGCCGGGAGGUGUACCCAAGUGUGACCGACUCCCCUGCCCUAAACUGGAUUGCCCUGCAGACGAGCGGGUGCGAACAAAUCCCGGUGACUGCUGCCAAGUCUGUGGACCCAAGAAGGAACGAGUCGUGAUACCGGAAGUGAAACCUCUCAAGGACAUCGACAUGGUAGGCGCAUGCACGUUCAUGGACGAGGUGUUUGCCGAUGGUUCCCGAUGGCACCCGAAGAUCGCCCCGUUCGGCUACAUGAAGUGCGUGGUGUGCAGGUGUAAGACGGGUGUGUACAACUGCGGACGACAGAAAUGUCCCAGGCUCAACUGUAAGAGAAAGAUCAGGAAGUCCAACUCCUGUUGUUACAGCUGUGACCCUAACCAGCCUGCUGAUGAUGAGGAACAACCCAAGGAUGAAGGGAUGUGUAACUUCGGUGGCCGGACUUACAGGAACGGAGAAAAGUGGCGUCCAAAGACGGCUCCCAAAGGCACCGUGCGCUGCGCCGUGUGUAAAUGUAAGAACAGCACAUCGAAGUGUAGGAUUCGCUGUUCAAAGAAGCGAUGCGCAAAUGAUCCCUUCUUGCGAGACCCGUGCUGUCGAGAGUGUCAAGCACAAAAAAAUCGGAGAAAAGGGAACAGUCGUGAAAAAUCCUCAAGUAAAGAAAACUGAUUGACGAACUCUGCGGUUGUGAAUGUGAUCCCAAGGUCCGAUGUUGUGUGUGGGCGAAUGUUUCUUCAGGAUGAAAACAUGUUUGCGUGAAAGAAGUACCUAAACCAUGUGAUACGUUCAAAAUGGCGAACACUGCUAUUCCGUCUUGUUCAGGGACUUCCAAGACCUGGGUUGAUGAUGGGCCAUCAUGUAGACAUUGUCGUGAGGACACUGACAACUUGGCUGUGUUGUGUUGCCCGUCAUUUGGUGAACGAAAAUGGGACGUUUUGAUAUUGGUUACCAUUCACGUUACGAGAACUUGUUUCAUGGUCUUUCUUUACAAAGGCCUUAUUUUCGUGUUGGGACGAGAGAUGUGAUUAGUGCUAUAUUCACAUGAAUUAACGCAUCACCUUAUUAGUGCUAUUGUUUUAAGGUGUUUGUGUUACAUUUUAAGAGAGUGACUUAUAAACUAUACCACGUCACGUGUGAACCGACGUCAUCGAACUUAACAGACUUUUUCACGGCAGGCCAUGCGCCGCACGUGAUUGUGACGUCAUACCCCAAGUGCUUCCAGCAACCAAAGACUGUUGCUCGUCACGUGAUACAUCAAGUGGUAUUUUUAGUUCAGAAACUUUUAGUAUAUGUUUAUGUUCACAUCACGACAGUUAUAUUCGAUUUCAUAUUGAACUUUACUUUAAAGACCCCAUUCAAAAUUUUCACUUUCAACAUUUAGAUGUUUCUGCAUUUACAGUGAAACUAGUUUUAAGUUUAUACCUAAACAUUUUCAAAAAACGUGAUGUUGUAUGCAUUUGUCACUUUGUGCAUCGUCUUGUGUUCUAUGUUUUGUCAUAAAUGUUCUGUAUAUUGUCAUAAAUGUUCUGUGUAUUGUCAUCUAGAUUAGUCGUGUACUUCAUUGUUAUUUAAUUAUUUAAUAUUGGCAUACAUCUUUAUGUGCAAUGCAGUUAAAUAAGCACACGAUUCUAAGUGUUUUAAGCGUUAGGACUAGGCUAUCUGUAUGUUUAUACAUAGAAGCUCAUAUACCUCUAAACUAUACGCAGCUGUACAUAUAUCAUUCGUUCUGGUCAUUUCACGGCUUUCACACACAGUUAGCUAUUACCAUUGUUGUAAAUAAUCCCUAAGACCGAAGGUGCUGUAUUUGAAUUCCGUGUUACAUAAAGACAUCGAAAUCGAA